CUGCUGUGCCAAUCCUAGUUUGCCCGCCUGCUCCGCUGACAGAGCUCCCACAGACACGCACAGUGACAUCAGUCAAACAACUUGUGAUCCGGGAAAGCAAAUCUGCCUCAAUUAAGAUUUUAAUUAAGUAUUAUGAAAGUUGAUUAUUUAAGUGAAUUCAGCUUUGGAUUCUCUGACUAUGCUGAAAGAAGUGUUUGCACUGACACAGCCUCAGGAAAGCCGAAGAUGGCUGCCAAACGCAAAGGCGGCCUGAAACUAAAUGCUAUCUGUGCCAAACUAAGCCGGCAGGUUGUAUCAGAACACGGAUCAGAUCUAGGAGAUGCUGAACCUGGGCCACUGGAGAGCAGUGAAAGAGAAGGAGAACAGAAACGAGAAGCAGAUAUCACUGACAGCCUCACUUCUGAUCAGCGAGCAGAGGAAGACAAGCGCCGUAGGGAGGUCAUAGAGAAAUGGGUCAAUGGGGAGUACACAGAUGAACCCCUCGAAAAGACGAAUAAAGACUAUAAGAGAAUAGGUCUGGCUGAGCUUCCGCCCGAAGGUGUCUACAUGGUACAACCCAAGGGGUGCAGUGAUGAAGAAGACAACACUGAGGAAUCAAAGGUCUCCCAAACCAGCAGGUUCUUGGGUGAGAAAGAGCCUGAAAAGACAGUCCCCAAGGAACCAGAGGCACCUGCAAAAAUUGCCUCAGGGGCACCUUCCGGAGAAACUUCCUCAUUGCGAGAUUAUGCAGCCAACACUAUGAGCGAGUUCCUUGGGAUGUUUGGCUACACCCAACCUAAUGUAAGGGAUGAGCUUGCAAAGAAAAUUAGCUUUGAGAAGAUCAAUGCUGCUACCUCAGAGACCACCUCUGCUGAAGACCCCCUCAGUAAGCGAGCUAGAUUCUCCAAGUAUGAGGAGUAUAUUCGGAAACUGAAAGCCGGAGAGAAUCUGUCCUGGCCUGCCCAAGUUGUGAAGGCUGAAGAACUGAAUUCCAAGCCCAUACAGAGCAAAGAUAGUUCAACGACUCUUCAGCCAUCACCGCAGCCACUGGUUACCAGAGCCCCAGUACAUGAGGCAGUAAUUCUGCAAGAACCGAAAACAACUGUCUUGCCUCUAUCCACGGCUGGCAGCUCUCAUAUGCAAGGCCUUAUGUCUCGAGCUUCCAAAUAUGACUUUUUUAUCCAGAAGCUAAAAACAGGAGAGUCUUUGAGACCACAAAAUGGAAACACAUACAAGAAACCCUCCAAAUAUGACCUGGAGAAUGUCAAGUAUCUUCACCUUUUUAAACCAGGAGAAGGAAACCAGGACAUGGGAGGCUCUAUAGCUUUUAAAACAGGGAAAGUCGGGCGGCCUUCCAAGUACGAUGUACGAAAUAUUCAAAAGCAUACGCCCUUGAAAGCCGCUGCGGUUGUCCCAAGUAUGCCCCCUGCUCCUAUCACAAGCACUCCCUCCACCCCUGUGCUUGCAUCUGAGCAACCAGUAGCGUUGCCUUUCAACACUCCAGAAUAUCUGAAAUCAACCUUCUCUAAGACAGACUCCAUCACUACAGGAACAGUCUCCACCGUGAAGAAUGGACUACCCCCAGACAAGCCCCCAGAAGAUGUAAAUAUUUACCAGAAAUAUAUUGCCAGAUUUUCAGGAAGCCAACACUGCGGUCACAUUCACUGUGCAUAUCAGUACCGGGAACACUACCACUGUCUGGACCCGGAGUGUAACUACCAGAGAUUCACCAGUAAGCAAGAUGUGAUCCGCCAUUACAACAUGCACAAGAAACGCGACAAUUCUCUGCAGCACGGCUUCAUGCGUUUCAGUCCAUUAGAUGAUUGCAGUGUUUAUUAUCAUGGCUGCCAUCUAAAUGGGAAAAGCACACACUACCACUGCAUGCAGGUGGGAUGUAACAAAGUCUACACAAGCACCUCAGAUGUAAUGACACAUGAAAACUUCCAUAAGAAGAAUACUCAGCUAAUUAACGAUGGCUUUCAACGCUUCCGGGCCACUGAAGACUGUGGCACAGUAGACUGCCAGUUCUAUGGUCAAAAGACUACUCACUUCCAUUGCAGGCGUCCAGGAUGCAGCUUCACCUUCAAAAACAAGUGUGACAUAGAGAAGCACAAGAGCUACCACAUUAAAGAUGAUGCAUAUGCAAAGGACGGAUUUAAGAAGUUCUACAAAUAUGAAGAGUGCAAGUACGAGGGAUGUGUGUACAGCAAGGCCACCAAUCACUUUCACUGCAUUCGCACUGGAUGUGGUUUCACAUUCACCUCCACCAGCCAGAUGACCUCGCACAAGCGCAAACAUGAGAGGCGGCACAUCCGCAGCUCGGGAGUGCUUGGCCUUUCAUCUUCCCUUAUGGGGGGAAAGGACAAUGACAUGGAGGAGUCUAGCAAUGAUGAUCUCAUUGACUUUUCUGCUAUGAGCAGCAAGAAUUCUAGUCUGAGUGCCUCUCCUACAAGUCAGCAGUCUUCCAUAUCCCUGGUUCCUACUGUUUCUGAGGCACCUUCUCCACAAACACUGAAAUCCACCAGCAUCAUUCCACCUACAACCAAGAUGUCAACCCUUCUGUCCCAGACAUUGCCGGCUAAUAUACCCUUGGCUUUAGCCUUGUCUAGUUCUACACUCCCUGCAGGAUCUGGGCCAUAUUUCCCCAUCAUAAGUGGACGUGCUGGCAACUCAAUGCCCAUCAGCGCCGGUAACAUAGUACCUGUGGCUGCCCCUGACACUUCUCCACAGGCUGCUUCUGGGGCUAGCGAUCAAAACAGCACUUCGCCAGCUGCUACAUCCAUUAUGGAAAAGAUUUCUGCCAGCAAAGGGCUAAUCUCUCCUAUGAUGGCAAGACUGGCAGCAGCCGCCAUCAAACAGUCUCCAUCACCUGAAGCAGGCAAUGGGCAAUUAUCAGGACGGAUGAAACCAGAGGCACCAGAUACAGAAGGAACAAUGCCCCGAAGCAGCUCCCAAGAGCAGAGCCUGGACCUGAGCAUGAACAAUAAUGAGACCAACGGGCUAGAAGCACCAACUGAAUCACUACUACAUCCUUCUCUUGGGUGCAAGAUCCAACACUCCGUUUCAAACACAAGCAGCUUGUUAAGCCUGAAAGCAGAUGCCGAUAGCAGUGAUUCUGGGGCAGGGGAGUCCACCCAUUAUUAUCUGGGCAAAGUGAUGAAGGCCCUUGAUGGUGAAAAGCACACAGAGCCCUGGAAGACAUACUUGCGGAGGUUUGGACCUGCAGACGUGUGUGACCAUCAGUGUGACUUUCUACACAAACUGCAUUUCCACUGCGUUGUAGAGGAAUGUGGAGCACUUUUCAGUACUUUUGAUGGAGCCAUAAAACAUGCCAACUUUCACUUGCGAAAUGAUGUAGGAACUUCAAAAGGAAGCUCAGAAAUACCUUAUUCCGCAGACUCGAAAGUCUCCCCUAUACCGACGUCACCCCCCUUAACCUUAAAUAUGGCACCCGGUUGUGAAAUUCCAGCUCCCUGUCUUGCUGCUGUCCCAUCCACUCCGACUCUUCUGGCCUGGAAGCAGCUUGUAUCAUCCAUACCACAGAUCCCCCAGAUCCCCACCUCAGUACCCAGUUUAGCUUCAUCUCCCAUGGCAACAACAUCUCUGGAGAAUGCUAAGCCUCAGGUCAAGCCAGGAUUUCUGCAGUUCCAAGAGAACGAUCCAUGCCUGGCAACUGACUGCAAAUAUGCAAACAAGUUCCAUUUCCAUUGUCUGUUCGGAAAUUGCAAGUACGUGUGUAAAACGUCGGGUAAAGCAGAAUCCCAUUGCCUUGACCACAUUAACCCUAAUAAUAAUCUGGUGAAUGUUCGGGACCAGUUUGCAUACUAUUCUCUGCAGUGCUUGUGCCCCAACCAGCACUGCGAGUUUAGGAUGCGUGGACACUACCACUGUCUGAGGUCCAACUGCUACUUUGUCACCAAUAUCACUACCAAGCUGCCGUGGCAUGUGAAAAAACAUGAGAAGGCUGAACGGAGGGCAGCGAAUGGCUUCAAAUACUUCACUAAGAGAGAAGAAUGCGGGAGACUGGGGUGCAAAUACAAUCAGGUGAAUAGUCAUUUUCACUGCAUUCGGGACGGCUGUCAGUUUUCUUUCCUACUAAAACACCAAAUGACAUCACAUUCCCGCAAACACAUGAGAAGGAUGCUGGGAAAGAACUUUGACCGUGUACCCGGCCCCCAAAACAUGAUGGACACAGAGACGGACGAGUACAUGGACUACACUGGUUUGGGCAGUCCUGGUGGGAUGUCGUCUGAGUCCUCCAAUCCUGAUCGCAGCUGCUCCAGUACUCCAGUGGGCAAUGAAAGUACAGACGCAGGAGGGAACACCAUCACGAUGCCAACAGCUUCUGGAGCCAAAAAACGAUUCUGGAUCAUUGAGGACAUGUCACCUUUCGGUAAACGACGCAAGACCGCUUCUUCCCGCAAAAUGCUGGACGAAGGGAUGAUGUUAGAAGGAUUCAGGCGUUACGAUCUGUAUGAAGACUGCAAAGAUCCGGCGUGCCAGUUCUCCUUGAAGGUCACUCAUUAUCACUGUACCAGAGAGAACUGUGGCUACAAAUUCUGUGGACGAACACACAUGUACAAGCAUGCCCAGCACCAUGAUAGAGUGGACAACCUUGUUUUGGAUGACUUUAAGCGGUUUAAAUCCUCUCUUAGCUGCAACUUCCCUGACUGCCAGUUCUCAGGGAACAGCACUCACUUUCACUGUUUGCGCUGUGGCUUCAGAUGCACCGACAGCACUAAGGUGACAGCACACCGCAAGCACCAUGGGAAGCAGGACGUCAUUAGCGCUGCUGGAUUCUGCCAAUUUAGCUCCAGUGUAGAUUGUGAAGUGCCCGACUGUAAGUACAAGCUGAAGUGCUCACACUUUCAUUGCACUUAUCCCGGCUGUAAGCACACUGUGGUGGGAAUGUCUCAAAUGGACUCACACAAGCGCAAACAUGAGAAACAAGAACGCGGGGACCUACCCUCUGUUUCUCCUGGUCUAGAUGGAUCAACUCAUAUUGCUCCCGAGUAUGACCUCCAACAUCAACCAGUGAACUUGGACAGCUCCCUCAACCUGAGCACAGACACAAACAGCUCCCUCCUAUUCCUACAAAAUGCUGCUGGGGUAGGCCUAAAUGACUCACUAGACCUGAGCAAGAAACCACAGGAUGGGGCUGACAGUGGCUCCAGGGAAAACACUGAGACGACCAAUUGUAGGGAUGCGGAUGAUGAUCUGUCCCAGGAAGAUGAUGAUGAUGAUGAUGAAGAUGAUGAUGAUGAACUGAAUGAAGAUGAGGAUGACGAGGACGAUCUAAACACAGAUUCUGAGGAUUCCUUGCCUGACGGUGAAUGUUUACCAGGGAAAGGAAACAAAGAAAGUGCAGGGGAUUCUACAAACCACUGUGAUACCUCCCAAACUCCAUUCAACCUUCACACAUCCCCUUGAAGCUACUUUAAACUUUGAAUGUUUUAUAAGUCACUCCCAAAGAGGGCCUUGCUCUCACAACCCAUACAAAAACACCCCAAAAAUAAACACAAAGAACAAGUGAAGGAAUAGUAAAUGCAGCUAAAUGACUUCUGCAAAGGGGGACUUGACCAAGUGAUCAGUAGACAAGACUCAAGGGGGCAUUUCUGUUUGCUGGCCUCCUCCAUUACAACUAUUCAUUCUGGUGCUUGAGAGCAAUGGGACAAAA